CUCUUCUCCAACCACCAUACACACCUCCAUCUCAGUUUCUUCCACUCCUCUUCCUUUAAUCUGCCUUAAUUUGAUCCUAUUUUAUUCCUUUGACUCCGACUAUUUACAUUCCGAGCGUCAAUCAUGUCCACCUUGGAGGAUCUCGACGACCUGGAGCGCGAGGAGAGAGACAAGAAGAAGGACCAGGGCGAUGGCAGCGAUGGCAAACUGCCCGGAGGUGAUGACGAUGCUGAAAUGAAAGAUGCAGAAAAGAAGGAGGAGGAAGAUGAGCUUCUAGACGAUGAGAUCCUUCAUUCUAGCACAGCAGACAUCGUCAAACGAAGGCGGAUGUUGGAGAACGAACUUCGCAUAAUGAAAAGUGAAUUCCAGCGGUUGUCGCACGAACAGAAUACGAUGAGGGAGAAAGUCAAGGACAAUCAAGAAAAGAUUGAAAAUAACAGACAACUACCAUACCUUGUCGGAAACGUUGUUGAGCUGCUGGAUUUGGAUGUCGAAGCCGAGGCCGCAGAGGAGGGUGCCAACAUUGAUCUGGAUGCUACUCGAGUGGGCAAAUCCGCUGUGAUUAAAACAUCGACUCGUCAGACUAUCUACCUCCCUCUGAUCGGUCUGGUAGAUCACGAAAAGCUUAAGCCCGGUGAUCUCAUCGGUGUCAACAAGGACUCAUACCUCAUCCUGGAUACGUUACCCGCCGAAUAUGAUAACCGAGUGAAGGCUAUGGAAGUUGAUGAGAAGCCCACAGAGAAAUAUACAGACAUUGGAGGUUUGGAUAAGCAGAUUGAGGAGAUUGUCGAGGCUAUAGUAUGGCCUAUGAAGGAGGCCGAGAGGUUCAAGAAACUUGGCAUUAAGGCGCCCAAGGGUGCUCUGAUGUACGGACCCCCAGGUACAGGUAAAACCCUUCUCGCUCGAGCCUGCGCAGCAGAAACAAACGCCACCUUCUUGAAGCUUGCUGGACCCCAGCUGGUACAAAUGUUCAUUGGUGACGGUGCGAAGCUCGUCCGAGACUGCUUCGCCCUCGCCAAAGAGAAGGCUCCGUCGAUCAUCUUCAUCGACGAACUCGACGCCGUCGGAACUAAGCGUUUCGACUCAGAGAAAUCUGGUGAUCGUGAAGUGCAACGAACCAUGCUUGAACUCCUCAACCAGCUGGACGGGUUUGCCUCCGACGACCGCAUCAAGGUUCUUGCUGCAACCAACCGCGUUGACGUCCUCGACCCGGCUCUCCUCCGAUCCGGCCGUCUGGACCGCAAGAUCGAGUUCCCCCUCCCUAACGAGGAAGCCCGUGCAAACAUCCUCCAGAUUCACUCGCGCAAGAUGUCUGUCGAAGACGCCGUCAACUGGGCUGAACUGGCUCGCAGCACAGACGAGUUCGGUGGUGCCCAGCUGAAGGCCGUCUGCGUUGAAGCCGGUAUGAUUGCCCUGCGCAAAGGUAUGAGCAAAGUUGGCCACGAGCAUUACGUCGAUGCUAUUGCUGAAGUCCAAGCCAAAAAGAAGGACACCAAUAUGGGUAUCUACGUCUAGAUAUAUCCGCUGUGUUUCCUUUUUUUUUUUUUUUUUCUUUGGCCCU